CUCCCAUUCCGACAAUGGAACAAUUGUCUCCUUGUUGUCCCCAUUUAAUUUUCCUUGAAUUAAAAGGCGAGGGUAUAAAGCUCGGUUGAGAAGGACUUGAGCACAUCACUUGUCACGAAACCACUAGUCGUACCCCGGAUCAGAAGUUAUCAUAAAAGUGUGUAGUAUAUAAAAUGGUGUUCCUCCGAACCUCUGCCCUCUUACUCGUCGCGUUGAUGUGCUGGGUGGGUGCUGACUUUAACUUUGGAAUCUCGGACUUGCAAAAGGAGUUGGGCUACUUUACAGAGUGCAAGGGCAAGAAGAUCAAUCUGCCCAUGGACACCAUCAACAAAGCGUUCGGCAUGGUCCCUCUGUGCACGCUUUCGGUGCCAGGGAAAGCCCAGCUAACCAAAGAGUGUGUCGCUAUCUGCGUGGCGGAGCAGAUGGGAAUCGUGGACUCGGAAGGAAAAUAUAACUACGACGUCGCCACAACGCCCCUCUUGAACACCGUCAACGAGACAGAUCCCAGCAUCCAUAACGAAAAAUGGAUUGUGGAAAUUCAAACGAAAGCCAUUAAGAAGUGUGGAGUGGAUCCUGGACAACGAUUCAAAUUGGUAGACGAUUGUCCAGAGGCCAAAAAGUUUGAUGCUUGCAUUAAAGAAGCAGCAGCUAAGGAAUGCGGAGCACCUCCAGCAUAACAAUGGAACUGUUAGUUCCGCCCAAUUUAUAACCAGUGUUCGCAAACUUCAUAAAUCUGACAAAAUAAAAAAUAACAUCAAAUAUGAUAAAAUACUCGGCUUCUUUAUAAUUAAAUUUGUAUGGUAUUUUAUUGUUUAUUGAUUUCCCAUAUCAUAGCAUUUGAAAUAGUGAUUAAUUUUGAAAAUAGGAUACUCACGACACAAUAGUUUUCAUCUCACUCAAUACACAAAUGUCACUCGCAUACCUUUUGCAAUUCGAUUGAAUAUGCAUCAAAUAAUAAAAGAACGUUAAUUGUUAAAUUGGGUAGUAAUCUAAUCGGUUAUAAAAAUACAAUUUCAAUGUACUUCGUAAUAAUAUUCAAAAUCAUGUUUCGUUAAAAAGCUUAAAAUAUGUAUACACGGCCAAAUCCCGUGUGUAUGUAGACGUGUCUAUAUCUUGGCAAAAAUUUU